AUGGCGAAAACAUCCACGGAGAGGAGCAGAAUUGACGUAAUAGUACGCAAGAGACCACUUAGCGAAGUUGAAAAAGCUAGAGGAGAUAUCGAUGUGGUCCUGUGCAACGAUUCAACGGCAAUAAUUGAGGAAUUAAAGCUCAGAAUAGAUGGAUCCACCUACAUAGAUCGAUAUGAAUUUCGCGUUGAUCGAUUUUACGAUGAACACGCCGAUAAUCAGGUAAUAUAUGAAGAAUAUGUGAAACCGCUAGUUGAGUUUGCAUUCGAACAACAAAAAACAUGCUCAUGCUUUACAUAUGGCCAAACUGGCAGUGGUAAGACUUUUACAAUGAUAGGCUCGCGCAAAUUAAAAUUCUCUGAUCAACCGUAUAUGCCCGGUAUUUAUGAGUAUGCUGCCAACGAUAUUUACCGAAUGCUGCAACAACCGGAAUAUGCAGACAGGUUAGAAGUUGUAAUCAGCUUCUACGAAAUAUACUGCGGUAAACUAUAUGACCUACUGCAAGAUAGGAAAUUGUUGGAGGCACUAGAUAACGGGAAACGGGAAGUCAUAAUUAAGGAUUUGACGGUGCGACAAGUGACCUGCAAAGAAGAUUUGAUAGCACAUAUGCUCAAAGGACUGGCUUUAAGGAAGAUAGGACAAAAUUCGCAAAAUGAUCAGUCAUCACGAUCACAUGCACUCUUGAGGAUCGAACUACGCGAUAUAGAAACUAUGCAGAAUUGUGGUCGUAUAGCAUUUAUCGAUCUCGCUGGAAGUGAAAGGGGUGCAGAUUGCAUGAACCAACCUAAACAAACACAAAUGGACGGAGCGGGAAUCAACAGGUCGUUAUUGGCUUUAAAAGAAUGCAUCAGAGCUAUGGAUUUAGAGAAAACACAUAUACCAUUUAGGGAUAGUGAACUUACAAAGGUAUUGAGGGAUAUUUUUGUAGGAGGUAGUAGGAACCUCAUGAUUGCAAAUAUAUGCCCAAGCAAUGUUAGCUGUGAGCAGACAUUAAACACUUUAAGAUAUGCUUCAAGGGUCAAAAACUUUAGGCAAACGCAAUCUAACGGUAGCGGCGGCGAUACAGAAAUGGAGCAUAUCAAUGCCUUCAAAACUCAAGCAAGCAUACCUAUGUCUAACGGUACAAGGGUUUUAAGGUCACAAUUGGGUACUCCACAGACCACAAAGUCGAUGUCUAUUACGCCUAGAUUCAAGAAUACAUCAGUGCCUACUACAAAAUCGCCGAUAACGCAAAAGGUAAGCAAGUCAAGGACAACGGGUGUGCCUUUAAGCAGUAGAAGUGCUGUAACACGAAGAAUGUGCGAUAGUGUGUCACACACUGAAACAGUAAUGUCAGCAAGGGAGCCUGGUGUGCAGCUAUACGAUCGAUCUAAAGGAUCCAGGUUACCAAAACCAUAUGAACGCAUUGCUCCGUUCUUAACAUCGCAAUACCAAAAUAAACAAACAGUACAAGAGGUCUUGGAUGAUAUAACGUUGGACCCUACAAACGAAAGUUUGUACAACGUAAUAUGCGGAUCGUUGACAUCAGAUGCUGAUACAGCCGAUAGCGACUCACCGUUAACACAGUGGAAGCUAGAGAAGUCGUUAGACACUUUGAAAAGGGCUGAAGAAAUUAAUAACCAUAUUGCCUUGAAAAUUAUGGCACUCAAUGGUGAUCCGCAAAGGGCGGAUUAUUUAGAAUUUUUGAGAAAUAAAAUCAAAAUGCAAGUGAAGCCGUUGUUGUUCCUCAAACAAGCAAUUGAGGACCAUAACAACCUGAUGCAGGUUGACACAACAACUGACAGCGUAUGA